AUGAACAGGAGAACCAACACCGUUCUGUUGCUAGCCGCGCUUUGCGUUUUAUUGCUCGCGAAAGAUGGACGUGGCAGCAGCAGCACGGUGACGAUUGCCGCUUUUAACGUACAAAUUUUCGGUGCGAGUUUCAUGGAGGAACCUGAACACGUUGACAAGUUGGCGCAGAUAAUCCUUCGCUACGAUCUGAUCCUGAUACAGGAGAUACGAGAGAAAGGCGAGGUGGCAGUCUACGAGCUAAUGGCUAUCGUGAACGAGAAGUCAAAAGAAGCGUAUGCAUUAGCUCUCAGUGACCGCCUCGGAAGAACAGAUUCUAAAGAACAAUAUGCGUUCAUUUACCUGAGAAGCAAGCUGUCUGUUAACAGCUUUUAUCACUUUAACGACGUUGAGGAUUAUUUUGAAAGACCGCCUUACAUUGUUCGCUUCGACAGCCCCUCUGUACAAGAUCUGUCAUCGUUUUUAUUCAUACCGAUACAUGCGAAACCGUUGGAUGCUGUUAAGGAGGUCGACCAUCUAGUGGACGUUUACAACGAUGCCGUGGCGCGGACAGGGCUAACUGAUGCGAUUAUUGCUGGAGAUUUAAAUGCCGGUUGUGAUUACAUCACGAAGAACGAUUGGCCGAACAUUAGGCUGUGGACUCAGCCAGAGUUCAUGUGGCUCAUCCAUGAUAAUACGAGCACCAUGGUGCUAAGUGACUGCCCUUACGAUAGAAUUGUGCUGGCCGGAGCUGCUCUACAGAAGGCUCAUGUUCCACUCAGUGCGAAACCUUUUCACUUUGAUGAAGAGUACGGCAUGACCAUGGAUGAGGCAUCUAAACUGAGCGAUCACUACCCGGUUGAGUUUCAACUCAAAGCCGCGUCCGAAAGUAUAGUUGCCAUGGCGACGCCACAGCGGGAGGAGUACAGGGUGAUAUUCACGGUGACGUCGGCGGGCGGUGUACAACACGCUGAUGAUCUGAGUGGCUUGAGAAUAAGGCAUGCGCAAAUCACGUACUUCAUAUCUGAAUCAUAG